ACCUCCACAGGCUCUUUACGCUUCAGCUCCUCUCCGAUUCCGAAAUCCUCCAUCAACGGUGUUGUCCGAUAAUCUCACAGAAAAAUCGGAAUCGUAGGCGAAAUGGGUAAUUGCAAUUCGUCCAGUUCGACGGACGUGGCCACGGCCAAGCUGAUCCUACAUGACGGUCGGCUACAGGAAUUCUCGUACCCGGUUAAGGUUUCCUAUCUGUUGCAGAAGAAUCCAACGUGUUUUAUCUGUAACUCCGACGAGAUGGACUUCGACGACGUCGUAUCGGCCGUGAACGACAACGAGGAGCUUCAACCGGGUCAGCUGUAUUUUGCUUUGCCAUUGAGUAAGCUCAGGCACCCACUACAGCCAGAGGAAAUGGCUGCAUUGGCCGUGAAAGCCAGCUCGGCUUUGACGAGAAGUGGGGGUGACAAAUGUGGGUGUCGCCGGAGAGCGGGGUCUCCGGCGAUUUUUUCCGGCGAGGAGGGGAGAUCUGCCAGAGGAGCCACCGCCGGAGGUGGCGGUGCUGGGUUGAGAAGGGGAAGGAAUGGUGGUGGUGCUAUAAAGUUUUCGGCAAUGUUGAGUGCAAUACCUGAGUAGAGGUGCUUCGUGGUUAGCGGUGUAUAUACUGUAAUGAUUUGGGGUUCUUUUUUUAAGUUGUAGAGCUGUUUCUGUGAAUGCUUUGAGCGUUUACUUUUGGCCUGUCACCCAUUUAGGGGUCGUGUUCCAAUUUUGCCCUUAUUUAGGUUGAUGGGCAAUUAAUUUUACAUAAACACAAUGAUGAAUGAUGAAUGAUGAAUGAUGAA